CUUAUAUUCAGAUAAUGGACUUGGCCACCGCUUCGGACUUUGGAGUCCGUCAUUCUCACGUCCUCUCCUCGGUCGAAAUCCGUCACUUUCUUGACAUCUCUCCUGCUACUGCUUCAAUCGCCAAGGAACUUCGUGUUUGCGUGAUCGCCAUUGUGGUUGGGUGGACCACUUCGCGCAUUGUCUCCGCGUUGUUGAACCGCAGAGCUCCCUCUGACCAGUGACGAUCUUCCCACUGAUACAUCCGACCUAGCUCUAGCUCUAUUUGCUUCUUUGCAAUCUGAGGUGUCUUGCUUGGGGUCCUUUUUCUUAGUGCCAUCCUUUGCCUUGUUGUCGACCCUUUUCUUUCGAUCCCCUGCUUUAUUUGUUCCAGUCUAGAGUGACAGCGUCACUAAUCCUCGACGAAUCUCCCAAUCAACCGACGUCAUGAAGACCCCCGCCUCUUUCUUCUCUUUCCUCGCCGUUGCAACUGCUCAAUCUGUGAUUGAGGGCUCCAGCUUCGGUUAUGGCCCUGCGCUAUCACGCACACCGAGUUCAGGUUUCAUUCCGGGCUGGGAAGUGAAGGGCGAAGCGCAUACCCCUGAUAUUCUGUCUAACAAAGUCAUUCUCACACCUCCUUACCCUGGAAAUACGAGGGGAUAUGCUUGGGCUGAGUCUCCUAUAACUCAGUCAGAAUGGACUGCGGAGUUCGAGUUCCGAGCAACGGGCCCUGAGCGAGGAGGUGGUAACCUGCAGGUGUGGUAUGCGAAAGAUGGGAAGGACAAAAUUGGGACUUCCAGUAUCUACACUGUCAACCAAUUCGACGGGUUUGCCCUGGUCAUUGACAGCCAUGGUGGAAGAGGAGGCAGUGUUAGAGGAUUUCUCAACGACGGCUCGACGGACUACAAGAGCCACAGGAGCGUGGACAGCCUAGCUUUUGGGCACUGUGACUAUCCCUACCGGAAUCUUGGGCGCCCUUCUAGUGUCCGCAUCAAACACACCAACGCAGUUCUGGAGGUUACUGUCGACGACAAGCUGUGCUUCUCGACUGAUAAGGUUACUCUCCCAGCCGGCAACUACUUCGGUGUCACCGCUGCAACCCCCGAGAAUCCUGACUCUUUUGAAGUCUUCAAGUUUGUCGUCAAGUCCGCCGAGUCUGGAGCUGGCAGCAACAUCCCUGUUCAGCAGCAGAAUGUCGAUCAGAACCAGCAACCAAUUGCUGCCCAGGAUCAAGGUACUCAGCAACAGCAACAGCAGCAGGAAGCUCGCUUGGGAGACGCUCGCUCGGUGACUGAGCAGUUUGUCGAUCUCACUGGCCGCAUUCAACUGAUCAACCAUGCUACGAACAACAUCGUCCGCGAGAUCGGUAACCAGGGAACCAAGAGCGAGAACCGUCAUGUGGAAUUGCUCCAGAAGUCGGCCACCAAGGACCAAGUGGCCAGCCUUGAAGCCAGACUCCAGAAGAUGGAAGACAUGCUGCAGGCCAUCCAACGGGAUCUGGCAGGCAAGGACUAUCACGGCCGGUUCUCCCAGUUGCAGGAGACCUUGCGCUCAUCACACUUGAGCUUGACCCAGGAAGUUCUGAACGGCAUCACCUCUUCCGCACCCCGCAUGGGAUUCUUCAUCUUCUGCAUCAUCGCCUUCCAGGGUGUCCUUGCCGGUGCUUAUAUCCUCUACAAACGCCGCCGCAACAACAUGCCCAAAAAGUUCCUGUGAAUCUACUCCUUUACAGUGAACCUACAACACAGCUUGCGCAAAUUUCGUUUAAGCCUGGAUCUCCUUCCCUGUUCUGGACCCACAACUUCGCCAUGGCUCAUCCUUCGACCGUAUCGGAGCCGGCUCACACUCCUGCAACACAUCAACUCCCACGGCAGCAAUCAAAGCAACCCGCCCCCGCCCACCCGUAUAAGAAAAUCAGCAAAAACCCCCAAAGGAAAUCUACUUGACAAAGAAAAACAAAACAACACUUUGUAUACCACACACGCACCGUUGAUUUCAAAGUCCCUGGAAAGGAAUCUGUUAAAGUAUCUGAGCGUAUCAGCCCUGCUUUGGUCAUAGAAUUUAGUAUCGGUGAAGUUCUCCAAGAGAAAGAAAG